AUCCGGGGCGGGCUUAUGGGUGCGGCGGGAGGGGGAGCCGGGCAGGGGCGAGGCCGGCGGGGACCCACCUGGAUCUCCGAGGCGGACUGGGCCCGGAGGCGGGGCCGCCAGCGCUGGGGCCGCGUCCGGAGCCCCACCCCGGGCGGCGGUAAAGCCCCGGGACUCCAGGCCCGCGCCCCAGAGGCCCGAGAGGAAGUGUCCUGCGCCCCGAUCCUCCGCCGCCUGCGCCCCGCCGGCCGUGCACCCCCCGCCGCCCGGACCCCGGACCCGAACCCCUUGCCGCCCGCAGCGCCCAUGGCGGCCGCCCCCGCCCCGCGCGGAGCCCCCCGGCUGCUGCUGGCCCUGGCGAUCUUCAUAUAUGCCUGUGAUGCAUGCAAAACAGUGACAUUCCAUGUUCCCUCCCAACUGGAUGCUGGGAAAUUCGUGGGUAGAGUGAACCUGGAGGAGUGCUUGCAGUCCCCCGAUCGAAUCCGCUCCAGUGACGCCGAUUUCCGGGUCUCAGAAGACGGAUCCGUCUACACGGCCAGUGCUGUUCUCUUUUCCUCCGCGAAGAGACAUUUCACCAUCUCCCUCUCCAACGCGCAGGAGCACGGAGACCAGAAAAUACAGGUCCUUUUGGAGCAUCAGACACAGGCACUGCAGCCAAGCCACCCCGAGGAGAAGGUGCUGAGGCGGGCCAAGAGAAGGUGGGCUCCGAUCCCGUGCUCGAUGAUGGAGAACUCGCUGGGGCCCUUCCCAAUGUUCCUUCAGCAGAUCGAAUCGGACACAUCCCAGACGUACUCCAUAUACUAUUCCAUCAGCGGACCUGGCGUGGACAAGGCGCCUCUGAACCUGUUCUACGUGGAACGGAACACCGGGAACCUAUUCUGUACGGGGCCCGUGGACCGCGAGCAAUACGACUCCUUUGAGUUAGUGGCCUUCGCAGCAACUCCAGAUGGCUACCACCCAGAAUUCCCGCUUCCGCUGAAAAUCAAAAUUGAGGAUGAAAAUGAUAAUUACCCCAUUUUUACAAAUUCAACAUACAUAUUUACAGUUGCUGAACAUUCCAGAGUUGGCGCCACCGUGGGACAGGUGUGUGCGACUGACAACGACGAGCCUGGCUCGCUGCACACGCUGCUCAAGUACUCCAUCGUGCAGCAGCUGCCGGCGGCCCCCACCCUGUUUUUCAUGAACCCCACCACAGGCAUGAUCACCACCACCACGUCUCAGCUGGACAGAGAGGUACUGGACAAAUACCAGUUGAAUAUAAAAGUGCAAGACAUGAAUGGCCAACAUUUUGGCUUGCAAACCACUGCCACCUGCGUCAUUUACAUCGAAGAUGUCAACGACCACCUGCCGACCUUCACACGCUCUUCUUAUGUGGCAUUCGUGGAAGAAAAUACAGUGGAUGUGGAAAUCUUGCGUGUCAGCGUGGAGGAUAAGGAUUUAAUUAACACCGCUAAUUGGAGAGCUGUCUAUACCAUUUUAUCGGGCAAUGAAAACGGACAUUUUAAAAUUGUAACGGAUCCCAAAACCAAUGAAGGGGUGCUGUGUGUGGUUAAGCCGCUGAACUAUGAGGAGCGGCAGCAGCUGACCCUGCAAAUCUGCGUGGCUAACGAAGCCCCGUACUACCGAGAAACGACCUCCAGGUCGGCCGUGAGCACGGCCACGGUCACGGUGAACGUGAAGAACCAGGACGAGGGCCCCGAGUGCGUCCCCCCGGUGCAGACGGUGCGGAUUAAGGAGAACGCGCCGGUGAACACGAGGAGCAGCGGCUACAAAGCCUACAACCCGGACACCAAGGGCAGCAGCGGCAUCCGGUACAAGAAAAUAAAUGACCCGAAAGGCUGGAUCACGGUGGAUGAGAACACGGGAUCAAUCACAACGUUCAGGAACUUGGACAGGGAGGCUGAGUCCAUCAGGAAUGGGCUCUAUAACGUCACCAUCCUGGCAACGGACGAAGUUGGGAGGACGUGCACCGGGACGCUGGGGAUCGUCCUGGAGGACGUGAAUGACAACGGCCCGGUCAUUCUGAGGAAGACGGCGGUGAUCUGCAAGCCCACCAUGUCCUCCACGGAGAUCGUGGCCUUCGACCCCGACGACCCCGCAAACGGCCCGCCCUUCACCUUCAGCCUGGAGGAGGACUCUGAUCGAGACGCCCGGAGAGCGUGGGGACUGACCACAAUCAAUGAUACAGCAGCACGGCUUUACAACCAGAACGACGCUCCGUUCGGACCGUAUACGGUCCGCGUCAGAGUCACCGACAGGCACGGCCUGUCCAGCGUCACGCCCUUGACCGUCAUGGUGUGUGACUGCAUCACCGAGGACGACUGCUCGCUCCGCGGGCUCGCCAGGACCGGCGCCGGGGACUUCCGGCUGGGGAAGUGGGCCAUCCUGGCCAUCCUGCUGGGCAUCGCCCUGCUGUUCUGCAUCCUCUUCACCCUCGUCUGCGGGGCCACGGGGGCGGCCAGGAAGCCCAAACCCCUUCCCGACGACCUGACCCAGCAGAACCUCAUCGUGUCCAACACCGAGGCCCCCGGCGAAGACAAAGUGUAUUCCACCAACGGCUUCACCCACACCGUGGGCGGUGCGGGGACAGGGGCCCGUGGCACCAUGGGACCCGGGCUGAUCCAUGGAGGGCAGGAGACCAUCGAGAUGGUGAAGGGACACCAGACCUUGGACUCGUGCCGGGGGCCCGGGCAGCAUCACGUGCUGGAGGCCUGCGGGCCGGGCCGCGUGGAGGUGGACACCUGCAGAGGCGCCCACUCCGAGUGGCGCAGCUUCACCCAGCCCCGCCUCGGCGAGAAAGUGCAGCUGUGCGACCAGGACGACUGUCAGGGGCACGCCCAGGACUACGUGCUCCCCUACCUCUACGAGGGCCAGGGCUCCGUGGCCGGCUCCGUGGGCUGCUGCAGCGACCGGCAGGAGGAAGACCGCCUGGACUUCCUGGACCACCUGGAGCCCAAAUUUAGGACACUCGCAGAAGCAUGCGUGAAGAGAUGAGAGCAUCCGACGCGUCUACCGACACCAGCGGCUGUAUCACCUUUUCUGCCUUCCUUUUUAAAAAAAUUAAGUUAAAGACCAGGGUUGGGGUUUUUGUUGGUUUUUUGGUUUUUGUUUUGUUUUUCAAUAGAGGACACUGUGCUUGAGUUGGGGCUACCCUUUUGUUCCGAUGGGAUGUCUUGAGGAAAAUGCAAUGAGGGAGAGAUGCUGUGAGUGAGUGAGUGCACUCAUUUCUCAGUUCUUCACGUGGUUUUUCAAUUACUUGUCUUCCACCCCAAGAGACCUACAGAGACAGAAAUAUUAAGGAAGUCUGCGUUAUUGUUUACAUACUGGUGUAACGACAACAGCCAAGUUACAGUGCAAUAAACACGAAUGUAAGUCUUUAUCGUAGGCUAAUGUGUUACCUAACAGAAACACUGUGGAGGCCGUGAUUUAACGGGAUCUCCUGUUACCUAGUUCAUUCAUUGUCGUGUGGUGCUGAAGACUGUGGUGCUCCUAACC